CUUUCGAGCUUCGAUUUUUGAGUGAGUGGUGACCCACAUUAGCGAAAAUUUCAAGGGUGCUUGAUAAUUUCAUACUCUUGUUACCUGCCCUACACAGCAGCAGCAGCAGCAGCAGCAUCAGCAUCACAGACUGGAGUAGACUGUCUGCUCAAGAUAUAUGCUACUAUUCUACCCUUUCACUUCUUUUUUAUUUAUUUACAUUUCUCCUUCCCAUCUCCACACUCUUCUACCCUGUAUCGCUACACUGUAGUUAGGUAUGGUUCCUGGUUUUCCCAUUCUUCCAUGUCUUUAGUGUUAUAAUUUCGCUUUUCAACACUCACUUUCUGUUGAGCUCUUCAGGUACUUGAUGGGCUGUUGAAGUUUUCGCUUUUAUUUUUUUUUAUGCUUUUCAGCUUCAAGGGGAUGUUCUCAGCGAGUUGAAUGAGAAAGCUUGAGUGUUAGAGAAGAAGAUAAUAUGUUCAUCAUGUCUUUGAUGAUGACGAGGAAGAAUGUCUCUUUGACUGUAUUAACUAGAGAAAGAGAUCAGAUAAAGGGCAAAGGUAAAGCAUACAAUGUUGAAAAUUUGUCCCCUUUGAUAGUCACUCUUCCUUGUGCAUGUCAAUGAGAGAUAGAAAGAGAUAAAGAGAGAUGCCUUAUGCCAAAUAUCCCUUUUCUCCUUUUCUUCCCCACACGUUUCUUGUCUCGUGGACGUGAUGGGUCUUAAUGUUUUAAUUAGUCCUUGCCUUCUCCUUUGACAUCUUAGGGCCUUUUGUUGGAUUGGAUUUAUUUUCUCUUCUUGGUGGAUUGUGGUUAGUGUUUUUCUUUGCGAAAAAUGCCGAUGUAUAAGCCAAAUGGCUAUAUAAAUGUAAAGCUAGAUGUGGGCGUUGGAGGGCAAGUUCUAGAUCUAGAAACCGCCGUUAAGGAUGGUGUUUUGGACGGUGUUGGCGGUGGUGUUUUAGUUAGUGCUGGCGUGGCGGAGAAAUUGGAUCUGAAGAAGAUGAUUGAAGAGCUUGAAUCAAUAGAAGUACCGUCAGUGUUUAUAUGUCCAAUUUCGCUGGACCCAAUGGAAGACCCGGUGACGCUUUGCACUGGACAGACUUACGAGAGAUCUAACAUUCUCAAAUGGUUCUCCCUAGGUCAUUGCACGUGCCCCACUACAAUGCAAGAGCUCUGGGAUGAUACGGUGACGCCGAACAGGACUAUGCAGCAUCUGAUUUAUAGCUGGUUCUCGCAGAAGUUCUUGGCUAUGAAGAAGAGAUCAGAGGAUGUGCAAGGAAGGGCUAUUGAGCUUCUGGAAAAUCUGAAGAAAGUUAAGGGUCAAGCUAGAGUGCAAACUUUGAAGGAACUUAGGCAGGUUGUUGCCGCACAUUCUACGGCACGGAAGGCUGUGCUGGAUAAUGGUGGGACUGCCUUGGUGUCUUCUUUAUUGGGCCCCUUUACAACUCAUGCCGUUGGGUCUGAAGCAGUUGGAAUUCUCGUGAAUUUGGAUAUUGAUUUUGCAUCCAAGUCGAAUUUGAGGCAACCUGCGAAGAUUUCUUUAAUGGUGGAUAUGUUGAAUGAGGGUUCUAUUGAGACCAAGAUCAAUUGUACCCGAUUGAUAGAAAUGUUGAUGGAAGGGAGUGAUUUUGAGAAUGAAAACUUGUCAAGCCUGAGUCUUUUAGUUGGUCUGUUGAGGUUGGUGAAAGACAAGAGGCACCCAAAUGGGUUAUUGGCUGGACUUGGUUUGUUAAAGAGUAUUUGUUCACAUGAAUCAGUUAGGGGCUCAGUUGUGAGCAUUGGGACAGUUCCUCCAUUGGUGGAGCUUUUGCCAAGUUUGAAUAGUGAGUGCUUGGAAUUAGCACUUUAUAUUCUGGAGGUUCUUUCAAGUAUUCCCGAGGGAAGAUUGGCUCUGAAGGGUUGUGCCAGCACAAUACCGAACGUGGUCAAGUUAUUGAUGAGGGUUUCGGAGGCUUGCAUGCAGCUUGCAUUGUCAAUAUUAUGGGCUGUUUGCAUGCUCGCACCAGAAGAAUGUACUGCACUCGCUGUGGAGGCGGGUUUGGCAGCCAAACUACUACUUGUAAUACAGAGCGGUUGCAAUCCUGAGUUGAAGCAGCAGUCGGUUGAACUAUUGAAAUUGUGUAGUCUAAAUUACACAUCAACCAUUGUCAUUUCUGAGUGUAAGCUUACGAGAACAAUACAGUGAAGAACUAUGAGAAUUUGGUGAUAUAUACCAUCCGUUUCCACUGUCACGAGAUGGAAAGGGGCUUGAGCUCGCGGGAUUAGAUGAUGCAAAAUGGGGUUACUUGAAGGUAUUCUUUUCUCUCGCUUGUAUAUAUCAAAGAUCAUAGAUACACUGUAUUGAUUUUACAUGAAAGAAGCAUCAUGGUGUGGAUUUAGGCUAAUUGCUUAUUGUUUAAUUAUUGAUCCACUGUCUAUGAGCUGGUGGUUUACCAAAAUUAUCUAAUAAUAACCAAUGAGGUUAUGUUGUUGUUAACUUGGCUGUUCUUUUUUAGCCGAACCGCCGCCGAUCAGAUCUCUUGCUUGUCCAUUGUAUCCAUAGUCUAGAUAGCAAUACUGUGAACUCGGUCUCUGUAAUGGAGUUUUUGCAGGGGUUAAGUGGGGCGAUACAGGGAACGGAUAUAGAUGGGCCCUGGCAUCUCUCUCUGGUAUUUGAAAGCUAAUUUUCAACGUCCCACUGAUCCCCAUAUUUUCCGCCCUUAGUUUUAAGGGUUCUCUGGAGUUUUUGCAAGGGGUUAAGUUCAUUUUUCUCUACAGUUUAAAUUGAUGGUUUACUGUGACUCAAGACAUUGCAGAGUUUGUGAGUAAUCUGCUUUCCGAGUAAGCUCAUGAAUCGUGGAAGUAAACACCUGAAUCAUGGUCUCCGACCUGUAUUUUUUCUUGAAAGUUUUUACCUCUGUUAGUUUGUAGUUGUGUUUGUAUGUAGGAAAAGCUUAACCGGUAGACAUUAAUUUGAUGUCAUCUCCUCACUGCAAUUAAAUUAAAGCCUGCCUGUGUGCAUGCGCACACAUUUGAGUUCUGUUCAAGAAUAGUAAUAGCAGAGGAGUACCAGUCAAUUUCUUGAUU